UCUGUUUUUGUGAAUGUGCACCAGUAGUCAAUGUAUUAGUGUUGAAUUUCAAAGUACUUAGAAAGAUAUACUAUAUUUUAUAAAGGCGGUCCAGAAUUAUUUGUCUGAAGAAAACUUUAAAAACAUACAAUAUAUAAAGAUAGCAAUGGAUGGAAUACGUAUUGUUAUCGCAGUUUUGUUUGUGAUGGUAACAUUUAUUGAUGCCAGCAUCAGAGAGCCACGUGAUGUUACCUGUCCGACUAUGUUUGACGACUUCCCGGGCAAGGUGAAGUACAGACGGAGGGGGUCAAGGGUCGUCUUUAAAUGCCCCAAGAAAAUGCGUCUCCAUGGAAAGAAGCGUCUCGACUGCCAGCCAGAUGGGACAUGGGACAGCGAGCCACCAAUGUGCAUAACAUCCGGUUGUGUGCCAUUCGAUACUUCGAGCCACGUGCACCUGCACACAAGAGACAGGUACAGUGACGGAUCGCUGAUGAUCUUCUCGUGCACCGGAAACUACCAGCUCGUGGGUACCACGGAGGCCUUCUGUAACGGCCAUGACUGGAGUGCCACGCUCCCGCAGUGCCUCUCGCCGAAGGAGUUGGUAGAGUGCGACUUCGAGAGCGACCUGUGUGGGUGGAGCCAGGACGACGGGGAGGAGCGAGAAUGGGUACGCAUGAUGGGUCCCACCCAGACGGGCGGCACCGGGCCCACGUACGAUCACACAUACAUGGAACACAAAAGUGGCCACUACAUGUACUUUGAGGCAUCCAACCCGACAAUGGAGGGAGAUCGGGCCCGCCUCAUAUCGCCCACCUACCCACCAGCCUUCUCUGGGAAAUGUUUCGACCUCUGGUACCACAUGCAAGGACCUGACGACAUCGGACACGUGGGUUCAUUGUCCGUGUACGUGAAAGGUGUGUCCGAGGAUUUGGAUGGCCUUGACCCUGCCUUCUAUAUAGACGGCAACCAGGGAGACCGAUGGCACCGCGCAGACCUGCAGCUCGACGACAAGCAGGAAGAUUUUCAGAUCGUGAUAGAGGCGACGAAGAAGCUGAGUUAUAUUAGCGACGUUGCGUUGGACGACGUGCGUGUGUAUACUUGUGAAACUCUCACCACCACUACCACCACCCCAUCUACAACAUCCACACAAAGCACAGCCAGCACUGCUAGCACUAUUUCAACAUCAGCAGCAACAACAACAACAACAGUUACAACAACAGCAGCAGCAACAACAACAGCACCACCACCACAACCAACAACAACAACAUUGGCAGCAGCAUCAUCAACUGCAGCUGCAACAGCUAAGCCUAGCGUUGCAAAAACAACCGAAACGGACACAUCGACCACCAUGCCAACACAACGACAGGAAACAUCAUCUGCUACAACAUCAAUUACACCACCAACAAAGACAACAACACAAAUAACUUCAACAUUACAUACACAAUCAUCUAAAGGCAAAUCCUUAACUACAUUGCCAACCAAGAAAUCCCAAAGUUCCACAGUAACAACUCCAAAACCGACCGUUAUCAGUUCAACAAAGGUACAUACUUCCACCACUCAAUCUGUUUCCACAAAGGAAGCAGUCCAAACAACCCCUGUCCAAAUAACUACAGUUACUCAUAAACCAUUCACUACUACAUCUCAAAUAACAAAGGCAAGAACCACAAGAAAAACCACCACAACAUCAAGUUCGUCAAGUCCCACGACAACCAAACAGCCACUGACAACAAGCACAUUAAAAACAACUUCAAAGCCUACUGUGGUUACGCAAACCACACGAUUAGAGUCACGCUCUGCUUCAACCUCACCACUUACAUCAACAUCUAAGAGCGUGCCAAAACAAACAACAGGCGUCACAGAGGAUCGAAGUCCAAAGGCAACAACAACGAUGGAGAAAACGCCAACAGAAACAGUGACAACAGCAAAGCAAUCGAUUGCCUCUACUACAAAAAUACCUGAUACGGCAAGACCUUUUUCAACAUCGAUAUUAGGUAGAAAAACAACAACGACCAUGUCAACUACUGCAAAAGCUACCACAUCAGCUUCAUUCAAAACAUCUACAGUACCAAAAUCAGGUAAACCCACGGACAAAGUCACAGAUUUUACAACCGGUAAAGUGUCUACGGGUGUCACCGUAAGCACGCCAAACUUAAUUGACAAAAAUAUCACUGAUACGAGUAACAAUAAAACUCAACCUAAUGACGAUGAAACGAACGUUAGUGACUCGAGGUCUCAGCAUCCCUCAGAUGAAACUCUGAAGCCAUUAAUGAUUGGUCUAGGCGUCGGGAUCGUCGUCGGACUUAUCAUUAUUGGAGUGAUCGUGUGGUUCUGUCGGCGGAGGCGGUAUUAUACUAGAGGGUUUGAGGACGAAAUGAAACCGAUCACCAACUCUGCGUCCCUGCAGAGUCUCAACGGCCAAUAUUACGCAGAUGAAUACCAUGACAACGAGGAAUUUGAAUCAGAGUCAUAGACACUAACUUUAUUUUAGGAUUGAAAAUAUGUCAAAACUGGAUGAAGAUGUCUUCAUGCUUUUAUGUGAAAUCAUUGAUUACAAAGUUCAGUGUAAUAAUAGUGCUCAUGUACAGUGAAUACACUUUGCAAACUAAUGUACAUAGAUUGUAUUGGUUUUAAAGUGAUCUGGUUGUUAAUUCUAAGCUAUUGUAUAUCUGUAAAUAUAGAAUGUUUACUAAAAAUAGACAUACUCCACAUGAUUAGCAGUAGAAUCCAUUACAUUAACUUGAUGCGGCGAACGGGAUAACUGUGCAAUAAUUUGUAAGCUUCAAUUAUUUGCAACUGUAUGAUCUUCACUUAUAAAAUUCUAGUUUCUUUGUACAUACUUAUACGUGAUAUCAUUUAUAAUGAUAGCAUUGUACAUAUAUUGCAUAUUUUUUGCAAGAAUUCAUUAUGAAGAUGUGAUUGUUAAUAAUAAAGUGUAAGGCCUUUUUUAAUAAAUUGUUUAACAGAUCCGCCGCCCAAUUAUUUCGAAAUUGAAAACAAAAAUGAAAACAAAAAUUGAAUUUUUUUUUAGUAUUUUUUUUUUUUAAAUAUUAUAAAAAGAAAGUCAGAUUUUUGUUUCUGCGCACAUGAAAUGAUGUAAAACCUGUUGCCUGUUCCUUUGCAAGAUAAGGAUGCAGUUUUAAAAAUUGUUUUCAAAAUGGCGGCCUCAAUUGAGCUGAGAUCAUACAAAAAAAUCUCAUUUUCAACAUACCAUCUGCAUUUAAACAAAAAACAUUUCGGUAAUAAAUGUAAACUCAACUGUAAGCAAUGUAAUUGCUGCUAUUAAUUAAUGAUAUUUUGAUCUUUUUGUUUAGGGUUUCCCCACAAACGCUAUGAAAAAUACACGCAUUGUAAAAAAAUUAGUAACUUACAA